GGCUUCGUUUGUCAUCGAUGACGUCACUGGUCUGAUACAAACCUGGAUACACGCUUCACAAAAAACUUCCUGGAUUACUCCAUACACGCUCGGGAGCCUCGGCGCAGUACGUAACAUCACUACAAUUGAUCCGCUGUAAAAUCCUGCCGCUAAACGAUCUAACCAUGAUGCUCCAGUUUGUGUAUAACAAACGGGAAUUUGUCACCGAUGCCCAGCGGAGCAGUGGAAAUGGACUUGCACCAGAGCCAUCAAAGUUUGAUAUGACCAUCCAAGCGGGCUGGUCAGACAGGAUGAACAGGGGUCUCUUCCGCUACCAUCUCGAUGAUUUACAAACACGUAUCAUUCCGGGCCAGCAUGGCUAUGUGGCCCAGCUGAAUAUUCAAAGAGGAUUGCAAAGAAGAAAGCCUCAGGAGAUACUGAGCAUCCAGCAGGAGUUCAAUGCCAAGCAGUUUAAUUUUAACAAAAUCAAUCCAGAAGAAAUCAUAUUUGAAAUGACAAAUGAUCAUGAGGGAGGAAAGGAUAAAGGACAGUUGCAUGAAUGCUGCAGAGUGUUCGUGCUGGUCAAUGUCAGCCCUUUAGAGUUUGGACAUUGUCUCUUUGUUCCAGAUCCUUCAUGUUGUUUACCGCAGGUCCUGACAAGCUUCUCUAUCCAGGUUGGUAUUGAAUCUGUGCUCCUGAGCUCCGAUCCUGGCUUCCGUGUGGGGUUCAAUAGUCUUGGUGCAUUUGCAUCUGUCAAUCAUUUACACCUACAUGGUUACUACCUGCACCAUGAGCUCCAGAUAGAAUCUGUGCAGGUCAAGCCGCUAGUUCCUGAAAAGAGAUUUUAUCGGUUGUUGGAUUUUCCUGCCGGCUUUUUGUUUUACACAGAAUCAGAGUGUGUGGAGAAAGUUGCCAGAGCUAUCUGUCAGGUCACAGACUUUCUUGUGGACAGUAAUAUUGCACACAACCUGUUCUUGAGUCGAGGGUGUCCGCCCUGCGACCAGAUACAGGAUGAAAAGGAUCACUGCUCAAGAAAAGGUGUUCGCAUCGCUGUGUGGCCCAGAACAUCAUGCUACGGUGCAAAGGACGAGUCUGCCUUCAACAUUGCUCUCUGUGAGCUGGCUGGGCAUUUACCAUUCAAGAACAAGGAGGACUAUGAGCUCUCUACUGAGAAAGAUGUCAACGAUAUCAUAGAAAUGUAUCUCCUGCCUGAAGCAGAGUUUCACACGUUAGAACAGCACCUAACUCGCCAUUUGAUGGAUGUAUAAUACAUGAACAUUAAAUGAUGUGCACACAUUC